AACUUGAUAUAUUUUAUCCGCAAUAUGGCUUCGCAAUCGAAGUACAAGGCAUACAACACGAAAAAUAUCACGAAUUCUUUCAUGGAGGCGAUCCCAAUAAUUUUAUCAAACAGCAAACACGGGAUCAACUCAAGAAAGGAUUAUGCGAAGAGAAUUGGAUUGCUUUAAGGUAUGUUUGGUACUACGAAGACCCAUAUAUAGUUAUUCCGGAACAUCUUCGAGAAUUGGGUCUCAUUAAACUUUAA